AUGGAAAUGACAGGACAAUCUUUCUCUAGAUCCUUUGUUUCCAUGCUCCUCCUGCAGAUGAUAACACCAAGUUCAGAGAAGUUCAGAGUGAAUGGCAUAGAGGAGCCAAUCUUGGCUCCAAUGGGUGGGAAAGUGGAGCUCAGUUGCCAGGUGUCCCCACCACAGAGUGCAGAACACAUGGAGAUACGCUGGUUCCGGAACCACUACAAAAAACCUGUUCACCUGUACAAGGAUGGUAAAAACUUGUAUGGAGAAACCAUCUCUAAUUAUGUGGAGCGGACAGAGCUCCUCACAGACGCCAUUGGAGAGGGUAAGGUGACCCUCAGAAUCUUUAGGGUGAAUGCUGAUGAUGAUGGGACGUACCACUGUUUCUUCAAAGAUGGUGAUUUCUAUGAGGAGGCCAUCACAGAGGUAAAGGUCACAGCUACAAGCCUAGAAACACAGAUUCUGGUGCAUCCUCCUAAUACCAAAGGUCUUUUAGUGGAGUGCAAUUCAGGAGGUUGGUUCCCACAGCCUCAAAUGGAAUGGAGAGACAGCAGAGAAAAUAUCAUCCCACCUUCCUCAAAAUCCCAUUCACAGGAUACAGACAAAUUGUUCAACAUGAAGAUGACCCUUCUAAUACAGAGCACCCAUGGGAAUAUCACCUGCUACCUUCAAAACCCUGUAACUGGUCAAGAGGAGAAGACAAGCAUUGUCCUAUCAAAUAAACUGUUUCUAUGGAGUACAGUUUGGAAGUUGAUUCUGGGCUUAAUUCUGGCUCUACUGCUGACCUCCACCAUGGUCUCCAGUGUUGCUCUACAUCGUAGAUUGCAAAAUUGCUCCUGCAAUGCAGUACCUCCUUGGUUAGUGGGCAUACUAAUAGUCUCGAGUUCAUUCAUUAUGAUUGUCUCCCUCAUUUUCUAUUUGCAUUACAAAAAAAGAGUCCCCGUUUCAGAUCCACAUUUCGAGUUGGAUGUCAUGUGGCUGGAGGAUAUGACUGUGAUCCUGUGUGUUUUGACGGUCUUCAUCACCAUGAUCAUUUCCUCUGCUUACUUUAGACUCAGAGGUAAAUGGAAUGGGAAGGGUGGUAACUCAGAAGGCAUCAUUCUUCUAACUGAUCUCCAGAUACAGUCUCUCACUGUAGCUUCUUGA